AUGCAGAUUCCUUUGAUUCGCCUGCAAUGCGGUUGCAACAGCUAUGAGUGGGGAAAGGUCGGCAAGGACUCUGCUGCCGCUCGCUUCGCCUCUGCCACCCCUUCCGACUUUAGCAUCCAAGAAGAGAAGCCCUACGCCGAGCUAUGGAUGGGCACACACCCCAGCAACCCCUCCAAGGACCUGCACACCCAGCGCACUCUGCUCGACCUUGUACAGGACAAUGAAGCCUUGAUGUCCAACGAAAUUUCGGAAAAGUACCAGAAGAAGCUGCCCUUCCUGUUCAAGGUGCUCUCGGUCAACAAGGCCCUGUCUAUUCAAGCCCACCCCAACAAGAAGCUGGCCGCAAAGCUGCACGAGAAAGACCCCAAGAACUACCCCGAUGACAACCACAAGCCCGAGAUGGCACUUGCCAUUACUCCCUUUGACGGUCUCUGUGGCUUCCGUCCCCUAGCUGAGAUCUCGCAUUUCCUCGACACAGUACCCAGCUUCAAGAGCCUGGUAGGAGAAGACGAGGCAAAGAAAUUCCAAGAGACGGUCAAGGGUCAAGAAACAUCAGAAGACGAGUCCAAGGCUUCAGACAACAAACAGGCUCUGCAGGCUGCUUUCCGUGGUCUAAUGAAGAGCAAGCCAGAAGAUAUUGAAAAGCACGCCAAGGACCUCAUCCAACAAGCAAAGGACGAGGGUGAUAAGUUCGCUGGCAACGGCGGCCCUUCAAAUAACGGCAAGGAACUCGCAGAUUUGAUGCUCCGACUCCAGGGCCAGUUCCCCAACGACAUUGGCCUUUUCGUCACCUUCUUCCUCAACUACGUCAAGCUCGAGGUUGGCGAGGCCAUGUUCCUCAAGGCUGACGAUAUCCACGCCUAUCUCUCCGGAGGUGAUUUCUUGUCCUUUCCUACUUGUCUGACCUUCGCUAACCCGUUUNNAGACAUCAUCGAGUGCAUGGCCUCUUCCGACAACGUCGUUCGCGCUGGCUUUACCCCAAAGUUCAAGGACGUCGAUACCCUUACCGAUAUGCUCACCUACUCAUACGCACCCAUCAGCGAACAGAAGAUGAUUCCCACCGACUACCCCUUCGUCACACUGAACACCACCGCCUACAGCUCCAGUUCCUCUUCCACUCUCUACGACCCCCCGAUCGAGGAGUUUAGCGUCGUCAAGACCGACCUCAACAAGCCCGGUGCCAAGGCCACUUUCGAGUCCAUCGAUGGUCCCAGCAUCAUCAUUUGCACAAAGGGUUCAGGCAAGAUCAGUGUUGGUCCCAAAGAGGAGGAGUUGAAGGAGGGAUACGUCUUCUUCGUUGGCGCCACUGCCAAGUGUGUCCUUGAAAGCUCUAGCGAUGAGCCUUUGGUCACCUUCAAGGCUUUCUGCGAGUUGAACGGCAAAGAGAGCAAGAUCUAA